AUGAUUGACCGCCAAGGUUUUAAAUUAGUGUCCACCCUUUGUUUCCAAGGUCCCCUGUGGGAAAAGAAGCUGAAGUGUUGUUUUACAGUUGGUAAAAUUAAGGCAUUAAAGCAUAUUGUUAGCAAUCACUGCAGCGAGAGACCAGGCUUCCAAUCAUAUUCUGCACCUAAUUCUGUGGAAAAAUACAUCAGGACAUUAUUAUAUAGACCUUUGUGUUUAGAGGUUGAACUGUUGCUUCCAUCGAUUCUGGAUUCUUUAGGUUAUCAUGGGUAUUCGUGUCUUUGUGUUGCCACCCUUCCACUUCAUUUGAACACUUCACCAUGUUAUAUGGUGGUACCUAUGGUGUUUGGAAACUUUACACUUUCGACCGUUGUAUUUGUUCACAGACCGGAUCGUGGCACGCAGUUGCCGGCAGCAGCCACCGUCGCCGACGUGGACCCCCUGGGCCGCUUCACGUGCCCCGUGUGCCUCGAAGUGUAUGAGAAGCCGGUGCAGGUGCCCUGCGGACACGUCUUUUGCACUGCAUGGCUGCAGGAAUGUCUGAAGCCGAAGAAGCCUGUCUGUGGGGUGUGUCGAAGAGCUCUGGCACCUGGGGUCUGAGACAUCGAGCUCGAGCGGCAGAUUGAGAGCACAGAGACUUCUUGCCAUGGCUGCCACAAAAAUUUCUUCCUCUCCAAGAUCCAGGCCUAUGUUACAACCUGCUCCAAAUAUCAGAGUUUUAUUAUGGAAGGCGUGAAGGCCACCACCAAAGAUGCAUCCCUUCAACCAAGGAACAUACCAAACCGUUAUACUUUUCCUUGUCCUUAUUGUCCCGAGAAGAACUUUGACCAGGAAGGAUUUGUGGAGCACUGCAAGAUAGUCCACAGCACGGACACCAAGUCUGUGGUAUGUCCAAUCUGUGCCUCAAUGCCCUGGGGGGACCCCAACUACCGCAGCGCCAACUUCAUUGAGCACAUCCAAUGCUGGCACCAGUUUUCAUAUGACACUUUUGUGGACUACGAUGUGGAUGAAGAGGACAUGAUGAAUCAAGUGCUGCAGUGCUCAGUCAUCGACCAGUGAGCCAGUCCCGCAUUUGCCUCCUGUUCCAGAGCUUCUGUUGAUGUGUUCCAUGUAUCUGUGCAACUCUUCCACUGGCCAUGUACAACAGACCUAGGAGUGAACUGCAGUGUGGGGACAGGACCACUGGUGACAAAGAAAUGGUUCCAGGCCUGAGUCCUCCCUGCCUCUUGGCUCCUCCCUCCUACUCACCUUUUGUGUUACAUGGUCUGGUCUUUCUGCCUCAGUUGCUUCUGGAAGUUUCCGCUGCCAGCCUCCACACCUGUCCUUGUUCCUCACACCAGCCUCCCAUCCAGCUCUCACCCUUCACAUCCUCAGGCACUUCAAGACCAUCACGAAUAGCACAAAUGAGAUCAUGUCUCGUCAUUGGUGUGGAUGAUUUCUGACAGCCGUGAGUCUGAUUGGUGAUUGCAUACCUCUUCACUGUACAUUUCUGGGCCCUGGCAGCUGUCCUGGAAACCUUUCAGAUGUCUGGUUAAGUGAAUGUUCUGGAUUUAGCACAGUCUGAUGCUGGAAGUUCAGAUUGUUGAUAAUAUUUUCUUAGUACUUACAACUACUGCACACUCUUAGAGUUAACUAGUUCAGUCUUAAAUGCCUGCAUGGUGCCUUUUUAGGGGUAAGGUGAAAAUAAGUGCUUCUAGGUUAGGAAAGUUAGACUCCCUCUGUAAGUGGGAGGAAGGUUAGGCAGAGCUGGGAGGACUAGAAUUUUUGGUUUGUAAUUUUCAAAUAAGAGUAUUUUGGAUGUCUAGUUCGUGAUUACUUCUGUGUUGAGGAGCCUGCUUACAUUCUUGUCCUGUGUAAAAAGGAAUCUGCAAAUGAAGAUAUUGGAGGAAUCCCAUGGAUAUUAGUUCUUUUAGUUUUAAUUUGGAAACUUGCAGUGAGCUAAGCAUUGUUUUUUUAUUACAGAGAGUUCCUUAGGAUGCUGGUUUCAAUAGAGCUUUGUGAAGACCAGCCUUCUCAGAGUUCAGUCAGAGGUGCAACUCUCCUAUCUCUGAGCUAGAAAAAUUGUUCUGGAAAACUGGCUUUGAUAACAGCUCCAAAGCCUGAUGUCCAUUAUGUUUCACAGGUACCCAUAAAUACAAGGUUCAGAGCCACCAGCCUAUUCCUAAGAGUCUUGACCAAAAAGGCAUGGAUGUCAGUUCCUUUUUUCACAGCAGACACCAACUGUUUAGUCUUGAGUGUGGAGAUGCGACUGGUUUGGGAGUGGGGUCUGGGAAGGACCCAAGGACUCGAUGCUUAUUCUCUCUGGGGUGGGGUGGGCCUCUCCCCAUUACCCACAAGCACUUCGAGAUGUUUCUAACCAGCAAGUUGGGCCCAAGGGAUAAGAUGUGUUUUCUACUGUGUUUUUUUGUUUGGGAGGGCCCAGAUGUCUGAAGGUCAUUUUCUCCACUGUAAUUGCUGGGAGAAAAUCUCCCUGGAUUGAUCAUUUCAGUCUGUCUUUGGAGGGAAAUUCGACCAGUCCUUCAUUUGAGGGAAUUGAUGGAGAGCACCAUACAGGUGGUACAAAAUCUGAUGGCCUUGUAUUAAGUGCACUUCAUGUAUUUCUAAUAAGAUGACUUUCCAGAAAGUGAAUUUUGUUAUGUUCUGGCUUUUAAAAGGUGAAAUACAAAUAAAUUUCAUAAUUUAUCCAA